GUGCGUGGUGCUGAUGCUGCUGCCAUUUCAUCACCUCUGCGAGCGCAGCAUCCAUUCCUUCGCUCUCCUUGCGCCUGGGCCUACCUCGCCUCGGGCUCCCAGGCCAGCGAUGUGCUCGUGGCCGAUCUAGAUCCGGACCAAGCCACGCUCUCCGAGGCCUCGGCUGGGCGCCCCUCUCGCCGCCCAAGGCCGGCCCGGGCCAAGGAGACCUGCUGAUCCCCGGCUAUGGAGGCCAUCUGGCUAUACCAGUUCCGGCUCAUUGUCAUCGGGGAUUCCACGGUGGGCAAAUCCUGUCUGAUCCGCCGCUUCACGGAGGGCCGCUUUGCCCAGGUUUCGGACCCCACCGUGGGGGUGGAUUUUUUCUCCCGUCUGGUGGAGAUCGAGCCAGGAAAACGCAUCAAGCUCCAGAUCUGGGAUACCGCGGGUCAAGAGAGGUUCAGAUCCAUCACUCGCGCCUACUACAGGAACUCAGUAGGUGGCCUUCUCUUAUUUGACAUUACCAACCGCAGGUCCUUCCAGAAUGUCCAUGAGUGGUUAGAAGAGACCAAAGUACACGUUCAGCCCUACCAAAUUGUAUUUGUUCUGGUGGGUCACAAGUGUGACCUGGAUACACAGAGGCAAGUGACUCGCCACGAGGCAGAGAAACUGGCUGCUGCGUACGGCAUGAAGUACAUUGAAACGUCAGCCCGAGAUGCCAUUAACGUGGAGAAAGCCUUCACAGACCUGACAAGAGACAUCUAUGAGCUGGUUAAAAGGGGGGAUAUUACCAUCCAGGAGGGAUGGGAAGGGGUGAAGAGUGGAUUUGUACCAAAUGUGGUUCACUCUUCAGAAGAGGUUGUCAAGUCAGAGAGGAGAUGUUUGUGCUAGUCAGCCCUUUUAUUUCCAAAACGGCUCUCCCACCUGAACUUAAAAGUGAUGAAAAUGAAGAGAAUCCUUGCGUGACUGAAGAGAACUCAGCCUCCAUUUUACAUACAAGGGAGCCUCCUUCUCCAGGGGUCUUGGACAGGCCGCGGAGUAGAUGUGGGAGCCUGGGUGCUGGGAGUGAGGGACUCAUUUCGGCGACUGUUUGUGGCCCGUUGUGAGUGGACCACAUGUCAAGGGGCUGAGGUUUGGGGAGCUGGGCCCAGAAAAAUACAACCACAGACAGGACAGCUAUUUCUUGGUAUUUCAGCUCAUUCAUAGGUCACAAACAUAAAUCUGUAAAGGGGAAAAAAGUAUCACAUUGGAAACAAUAAGCCAAACUAAAAAAGACUACGAGAUCAACUUAAUCAGUGAGAAUAUCCUACACCAAGUGUGUGUGCUGGGUUGGGUGCAAGGGUACCAAUUAGCUUCCAAACAGCUUGUCUGUAAAAUGAGGGGCACGGACCAGCUAUUUACUAAGACCGUUUCGAGGCCUGUUGUUCUAGUAAAAAUGCCGUGUGUAUGAAGAGGGAAGCCAUUAUAUGUAUUGCUUUUAUCACAUUCCAGAAAAUGUACACCCUUAUGAUGGAAUAACCAACUGUGUGAAAGAAAUUGUGCCAUGCAAAUUCCCAUAUAAGUAGAAGAAAGGAACCCUGUAACCCAUGCCAUGCCCUCUUCCCUCAGCCCCCCAGCCCAGAUCAUGCCCGGGGUUUCUCUGCAGGGGCAGCUGCUGCCUAAAAAGUGCACAACCUGCCUGUCCCUUCAGGUUCCUGGCGACAACAGUACAGGGACUGCCUCUGCAAAGAGCCCUGAGGCAGACAUUUGCUCAGCAAGAGGCACCACCGGCACCCUCACAAACACUUCACCGUCACUUGAAUUCACAGCAGGCCUCUGAGAUUUUCUUCCCCAUUUUACAAAAGAGUAAAACUAAGAAGCAGGAGCCUCUCUCUGCCAGGGUGAAGGUCUCCUGACUCCUAGUUCUCGUUCCUGCUGUCGGGUGAAUGAACCAUUAUUAAUUUGUUUACUUUGGAAGAGCUAUGACUGUAAAUAAAUGUUCUCGACAUGUUAGGGUGUUUCCUUAUUGCUUACGACUCAGCUGUCAUCCUGAGGGAACCUGGGGAUGAAACGAAGGUAAAGCCAUUUCAGGUAUUACUGACAAGUAGGCUUUAAAUGAGUGAGUAAUUGCACAACUAAAAACACAUUAAAACUGUGUGCGCUACAAGCGUUCUUAUCACUGAAACACAGUGGACAUGUUAGCGAAAAGAACCAAAUGCAGCAAUGGGGAGUGGGAUGGGGGGUAAACACUCAGCUCACAAUGACCUUGGCUACCUGUUUGCCACAUACUACACGGGGUUCUUGUCUACCCUAGAGAAUCAGCUCCUAAUUCUCAGGUGAGCAGACGUCUAACUGCAUCAGAAAACUGAAAUGGUUGGCUUAAGGUUCCAUUACCUUCUUGAAGAGAGGUCAUGCUUUAAAUUAUUUUUCAGAUUGUAGCCAGCUGAGCUAGGCAAAAGCCAUACUUUUCACAGUAAGAAAACAAUUCUGAGUAGUCAGGUUUCUCAUAUCCAUUCUGACAGGAAAGCCUGACAAUGGUAAAUUGCUUUGAGAUAUAAUACUGAACUUCGGUAUGAAUGUGACUGAACCUGAAAGUUCGGGAAUUUGCUUCAGCCACAAAGAAGAAGCCAAAUAACGAGAAUUAUGGAGACAAACCACCUUGGACCAACUUGCAGCAUCGACUACAAGUGAAGCUCUCAUCCUGUCUACAUUCAUUUCACAUGACCUGGCCUGGGUGGAGUGAUUAAGUGGCCAGCUUUGUGGUUUUAGAAGGCAAAUAAAAGAUGGUGAACAGGAUUAACACAAAAUUUCAUCAACUACUAUGUUUAAUUGUAUCAAGAAGAUUCUGAAAGCAAGAUUAUCCAGUAGAUAAAUGAGUUUUUUCAGUGGCUUCUGUCAGUUCAAAAAAAAAAGAUAGAAACAAAACUUCUUUAUGGUUUUCUUGUCUAAGACACUAUAUGUAUACUUUUUCCAUUCCUUGCAUUUUUUAAAGGCAGGUUUAAAAAUACUCAGCAUAGGAUCCAGCAAAGGUGGCUGAGCUUAAUUGCUUAAACGAGUUCUAGAAACUUUAAAAAUCAUUUUAGUAGAAUUCAGUGCUGUUGUCACUGCAAUAAGUGGGUUUUAGAAACUGAGUGUGAAAAAAUCAGGUGUUAAUACAAUACUAAGGAUAAAGCUUUAGAAGCUAUUUUACUACAUAGGUAAAGAAAAGAUCAACUAACUUGUAACAAAGACCACAACUGCAUGUUGGAUUGGAUUGUCUCAUAUUCCAGAAUAAAAUGUACUGUAUACUUUUCCUCACUUUGUUGUGCAUUGUAAUGAAAUGUGGAAAAAUGUUUUCUUUAGCUGUAUGUGAAUGAGAAUUUGCUUGUAUUUAGUAAAAUGGUUGAUUAUGUGACUGUGA